AUGAAGAAAUUGCCACAAAAAGAAAUCUACGACGAAAAGUCAAAGAAAUCACCACAAAACGUCAAAGAAAUUGCCAACAAAGCGUCGAUGAAAGCACCUAAAAAAAAUGUUGAAAAAUUAUUUACAAAAGAUCGAAGCAUUCACAAAACAUCGAAGAAAUUGCCCAUGAACAUUGAAGAAAUCACCCAAGAAACUUCAAAGAAAACGCUCACCAAAUGUCGAAGAAAAUGUCAAAAAAAUUAUACACAAAACGUCGAAGAAGGUACCUACAAAAUGCAAAUAAAGUACUCACAAAAUGUCAAAGAAAUCAUCCAUAGCAAUUCUAGAAAAAAAAAAA